CCCCACCCGCCGGCCCGGCCGCCCCGCCCCGAGGGCGGCUCCCGCCCGCGCCCUGCCCACCCGGGCCCCGCUCACCGCCGCGCCCCCGCCCCGCCGCCCGGAACCAGCUGAGCACAGCUGGACCCAGCAGCCGCCGUCGCCAGCGCCGCAGCAGCAGGUGGUGCUCAUAGCUCCCUUUGUCCCGUGCUUCGGCCUUGGUCCCGGUGCCAUCCCACAGAGCAGCCCUCUUCACCUUGCACAGCCGUGUUAGCCCAGCAGCAUGGUGGUGGAACACCCCGAGUUCCUCAAAGCAGGGAAGGAGCCCGGCCUGCAGAUUUGGCGUGUGGAGAAGUUCGAUCUGGUGCCUGUGCCCACCAACCUUUACGGAGACUUCUUCACAGGCGAUGCGUACGUCAUCCUGAAGACAGUGCAGCUGAGGAACGGGAAUCUGCAGUACGACCUCCACUACUGGCUGGGCAAUGAGUGCAGCCAGGAUGAGAGUGGAGCGGCCGCCAUCUUUACCGUGCAGCUGGAUGACUACCUGAAUGGCCGGGCCGUGCAACACCGCGAGGUCCAGGGCUUCGAGUCUGCCACCUUCCUAGGCUACUUCAAGUCUGGCCUGAAGUACAAGAAAGGAGGUGUGGCAUCGGGAUUCAAGCACGUGGUACCCAACGAGGUGGUAGUGCAGAGACUCUUCCAGGUCAAAGGGCGGCGUGUGGUCCGUGCCACUGAGGUGCCUGUGUCCUGGGACAGCUUCAACAAUGGUGACUGCUUCAUCCUGGACCUGGGCAACGACAUCCACCAGUGGUGCGGUUCCAACAGCAACCGGUAUGAAAGACUGAAGGCCACACAGGUGUCCAAGGGCAUCCGAGACAACGAGCGGAGUGGCCGGGCCCGAGUGCACGUGUCUGAAGAGGGCACCGAGCCCGAGGCGAUGCUCCAGGUGCUGGGCCCCAAGCCGAAUCUGCCCGCAGGUACCGAGGACACAGCCAAGGAGGAUGCCGCCAACCGCAAGCUGGCCAAACUCUACAAGGUCUCCAAUGGUGCAGGCACCAUGUCCGUCUCCCUUGUAGCUGAUGAGAACCCCUUCGCCCAGGGGGCCCUGAGGUCAGAGGACUGCUUCAUCUUGGACCAUGGGAAGGACGGGAAAAUCUUUGUCUGGAAAGGCAAGCAGGCAAACUCAGAGGAGAGGAAGGCUGCCCUCAAAACAGCCUCCGACUUCAUCACCAAGAUGGACUACCCCAAGCAGACUCAGGUCUCGGUCCUUCCUGAGGGCGGUGAGACCCCACUGUUCAAGCAGUUCUUCAAGAACUGGCGGGACCCAGACCAGACAGACGGCCUGGGCUUGUCCUACCUUUCCAGCCACAUCGCCAACGUGGAGCGGGUGCCCUUUGACGCUGCCACCCUGCACACCUCCACUGCUAUGGCCGCCCAGCAUGGCAUGGAUGACGAUGGCACUGGCCAGAAACAGAUCUGGAGAAUUGAAGGCUCCAACAAAGUGCCUGUGGACCCUACCACAUAUGGACAGUUCUAUGGAGGCGACAGCUACAUCAUUCUGUACAACUACCGCCACGGUGGCCGCCAGGGGCAGAUAAUCUACAACUGGCAGGGCGCCCAGUCUACACAGGAUGAAGUCGCUGCAUCUGCCAUUCUGACUGCUCAGCUGGAUGAGGAGCUGGGAGGUACCCCUGUCCAGAGCCGUGUGGUCCAAGGCAAGGAGCCUGCCCACCUCAUGAGCCUGUUUGGUGGGAAGCCCAUGAUCAUCUACAAGGGCGGCACCUCCCGGGAGGGCGGGCAGACAGCCCCUGCCAGCACCCGCCUCUUCCAAGUCCGCGCCAACAGCGCUGGAGCCACCCGGGCUGUCGAGGUAAUGCCUAAGGCUGGGGCACUGAACUCCAACGAUGCCUUUGUCCUGAAAACCCCCUCAGCCGCAUACCUGUGGGUGGGUACAGGAGCCAGCGAGGCGGAGAAGACAGGGGCCCAGGAGCUGCUCAGGGUGCUGCGGGCUCAACCUGUGCAGGUGACAGAAGGCAGCGAGCCAGACAGCUUCUGGGAGGCCCUGGGCGGGAAGGCUGCCUACCGUACGUCCCCACGGCUGAAGGACAAGAAGAUGGACGCCCAUCCUCCUCGUCUCUUUGCCUGCUCCAACAAGAUUGGACGUUUUGUGAUCGAAGAAGUUCCUGGUGAGCUCAUGCAGGAAGACCUGGCCACGGAUGACGUCAUGCUUCUGGACACCUGGGACCAGGUCUUUGUCUGGGUUGGAAAGGAUUCCCAAGAAGAAGAAAAGACGGAAGCCUUGACUUCUGCUAAGCGGUACAUCGAGACGGACCCAGCCAAUCGGGAUAGGCGGACGCCCAUCACCGUGGUGAAGCAAGGCUUUGAGCCUCCCUCCUUUGUGGGCUGGUUCCUUGGCUGGGAUGACGAUUACUGGUCUGUGGACCCCUUGGACAGGGCCAUGGCUGAGCUGGCUGCCUGAGGAGGGGCAGGACCCACCCGUGUCACCGAUCAGUGCCUUUUGGAACUGUCCUUCCCUCAAAGAGGCCUUACAGCAAGCAGAGCAACUCUGCUGUGUGUGUGUGUGUUGUUUUUUUCUUUCUUUCUUUCUUUUUUUUUUUUUUUUUUUACAGUAUCCAAAAAGAGCCCUGAAAAAAUUCAGGGUCCCUGCAAAAUUGUCCAAAAUGUCUGUGUUUGGGAAAUUGAAUUCAAUAAAAACAUUUUGAAGUGUGUA